CCUCAGAAGUAAUUUGAAUUUUAAGCCGUUAAAAGCCUUUGGAAAAGUCAUGUCUGCCCGAGAGUACCCCAAAGUAUGGAAACGGUUCGAAAGAACUGGCGAAGACGGGAGGAUGCUGAGAUUCGAAAUCGAAGAUGUACCUGAAGCAUUAUGGAGUACUGCAGUAGAGUUUAUGCUGGGAAAUUAUAUUAGGGAAGACGUGUGGUGGGUGGCGGCUGGUACAGCGAAGGAUUUGGAGGCUGUGCAGGAGUACAGAGUGUUGUUGACAUCGAUUGUGAAGCAGAAAAUGAGUUUGGCGUGUUUUCUGACUGAAGAAGACGGCUCGGGGCAGACUCUCGUCGGGGUGAAUAUGUGCUUGCCGCAAGAAAAGGGGCGCUUCGUCGAUCACACACCGCCAAAAACAAAAGCCGGUCUGCUGUCACUGCGAAUGUUCGCGGAAGCCAUGAAGCUGACAGCGAUUUAUGACAAAUACGAGGCGAAUGAAUAUCUGAUGGGCGCUGGCCUGUCCGUCACCCCGGAGUAUAGGGGGCUGGGGGUAGCCGUUGAACUGCUGAAAACAAGAUUGGAUCUAUCCAUGUCAUUGGGCUACAAAGCAACGGGCGGAAUCUUCACCAGUGCGCCCGCGCAGCGUGCGGCUGAAAAAGCAGGCUUUGAGUGCUUGCAUGAGAUCUCAUACAAAAAGUUUGGGAAACAGUGCAACAUCUCAUUCAACACCGACACGGAAAGUUUGAAAAUAUUUGCUGCAGGCACUAUGUAGCAAGUGUGUUACAUGAUUUAUAUUUUUUUUUAAAUCAAGCAGUAUUUAUUUACUAAUUAAAGUAUUAUUUAUUGAACAUUUUACUUAAUAACACGUUUUCGUAAUUUUAUUAAAUAAAAUCAAUCGCAAAAAAUAUAUUGCAAAUCUAACUUCAUAAUCCAAAUACCCAACAUAAUUGCGACCUGAAUUCCGUUACAUAAAUGAAAAUUAUUUCAAUUUCACGGGAGCAACUUCCAAAAAGUGAUAGUAAAUUUGUAAUGACAUACCCGGAGUGUUUUAAAUUUUCCGGAAAACAAACGUUGAACGGUGACCGAGCAGAUUUUUUGCCGUGGCUCUUAGAGUUGUUUGAGAUAUACAUAUAAUUUAUUCACCCUUUGGGCAUCUUGUAAUAGGUAAGGGCGAAGGUUUGAGACGUCUGUAGUUAAUUGUCUAAGUGAAUGUUGGCUUUAUGACUGGAGUCGGGCAAAGGAAGAUAAAUUAUCUCCGCUUUGAGAUACAACACGGUAGUCGGCAGCCAUGUGUGUGAAUCCUUAGAGAGUUGCCAGUGUAUGAACUCGCUUUUGGAAGUGUUUUUAAUGUAAUAAACAUUUAAACGGCCAGAUACAGUUACAAAAACAAACAUUUUUCAACCUAAGUCAUACAGAGAAGUCAUAAAUCUUGAGAAUGCUCCGAAUGUUGGAAAAUGUUAUAAUGUUUUAAGUGUAUUUAUUGUGGAAUUUAUAAAACAAUAGAUUAUGCUUAUUCUAGAAUGUGCACCUGGUUGAACUUACGUUAAACAGACUCGAUUAUUAUAGAUCAAAAUACCUAAUCGUAUGUAGGAACAGAACUAAAAUUGUAUCAAUAAAAAUAUCAACAUAAACACUGGGCUUUAUUGCGUCUAGUUUUUAAAGAUAGGCUUCUUAUUUCCUAGAUUUACAAGUCCAAUUAGUAUUUUUCCGCCUCUUAAUGACUCUAGUUAAUCCUACAAAGAACUAUUCCUAGAAUCUAGGCAACAGUUAACAUCUCUAUUUGGAGGUAAGUAAAUUUUGCCACCAACUGGACACAAAUGUAAGCUAAACACUAAGCAA